AUGGCCUCCGAGAGCACUACGGCCUUCUGGGCCAAGACGGACAAGUACUUGAUGUCCACUGGCGUCCCCUAUUCGCCCAUCGUUAUCACCAAAGCCAAGGGAACCAAAUUGUAUGAUGCCGACGGCCGUCAGAUCUUGGACUUCACGUCCGGCCAGAUGAGCUCCCUCCUGGGCCACUCGCAUCCCGAGAUCGUGGAAGUCGUUCAAAAAUAUGUGGCGGAGCUUGAUCAUUUGUUGAGCAACAUGAUCACCCAGCCCGUAGUAGACCUCGCCGAGAGGUUAGGCAAGCUGCUUCCCGCUCCGCUUGAGAAGUCCUUUUUCCUGAACACCGGCUCCGAGACAACGGAAGCCGCGAUCAAGAUGGCCAAGCUCCACACCGGCAAGUUCGAGAUCGUCGCCAUGUCCGCGAGUUACCACGGUCUCACCUCGGGUUCCGGCUCCGCCACCUACUCCGCCGGUCGCAAGAACGGCGGGCCCGCCAUGCCCGGCCAGCUCGCAUUCCCCGCGCCCUACGCCUACCGCUCCAUCUUCCGCAAGCCCGAUGGCUCCUACGACUGGGAGACGGAGAUGGAUUUCGGCUGGUCCAUGAUCGACAGACAGAGCGUCGGAUCUCUGGCGGCCUUCAUCAUGGAGCCUAUCCUCUCCACCGGAGGUAUCCUCGAUCUCCCCAAGGGUUACCUGAAGCGUCUGAGCGAGGAGUGCAAGAAGCGCGGCAUGCUUUUCAUCCUCGACGAGGCCCAGACCGGUGUUGGCCGAACUGGCCAGAUGUUUGCUUUCGAGCAUGAUAACGCUGUUCCCGAUAUCCUUUGCUUGUCAAAGACGCUUGGUUGCGGUCUGCCCCUGGCCUCCGUGAGCACCACCGCCGCGGUCGCCGAAGGGUGCAAGAAGGCUGGUUUCCUCUGGCUCACGACGCAUCUCAACGAUCCUCUCACGGCAGCAGUUGGCAACAAGGUUCUCGAGAUCGUCGAGCGCGACAACAUUUGCCAGAAGGCUACCGAGCGCGGCGAGCAGCUGCGCGCUGGUCUCCUGAAGCUUCAGGAGAAGUACUGGUGCAUCGGCGACGUCCGUGGACGCGGUCUUCUUCAAGGCAUUGAGAUCAUUUCCGACGCGAAGACGAAGGCCCCCGGCUCUGAUCUGGGCCAGGCUGUCUCUGACAGGGCGAUGACUCUGGGUCUGUCGUGCAACGUCGUCAACUUGCCCGGCAUGGGCGGUGUUUUCCGUCUGGCACCUCCAGUUACCGUCCAGGCCGAUGAAAUUGAGGAGGGACUGAGGAUAUUGGAUGAGGCGUUCGGUUAUGUGUUGAGCCAGCGCGAGAAGGCCGUCGCUGCUGCGUAG